CAUUUACGAAAACAUUUUGUUGUUUUCGUUGUUGUCGUCGUUGUUAUUGUUUUAGUUUUUAGUUUUGUUUCAAAAAUUCUCAAAUAUGGCAAUAUAUUUGUUUGCCAUUUGUUAAUCAGCAACAUCGACAACAGCAGCAAAAUCAAUCAAUCAGUUAAAAAUUUGAUUCCAUAUGAAUUGAAUUUUCAGUUGAAGAAAAAGAUGGAAUUAUCUACCAACACCGAUGACGACAUGGAUAAAUCGAAACUAAAUUCAACAACAACAACAACUACCAAUCAUCAAGAUGAUAAUAAUGAUGAUCAAUUUACAAUAACACCACCAAUAUCACAUAGUGAACAUAUUAUUCUAAAUGAACGUAUGGCUAUUGUUGGUAAUGAUAAUAUUGAUAUUAUAAUCGAUGAUGAUGAUGAUAAUAAUGAUAACUGUGAUAAUCAGAAUUUUGUAAAAAACAACAAUAACGAUAAUGUUGAUAAAAAUGAUGCUGAUAAUGAUGAAAUUGAACAUUUUAAUCAAUGGAUUUAUUGUAUAACGGUUGUUAAUUUUGAUAUCGAAAUUGGUCAAUCGAUUGAGUGUAUAUAUCCAAAAGGUGUACAAUUGACUGAAAAAGAGAUGUCAAAUAUUUGUUAUUUAUCAUUUCCUGAUUCAAAUUCUGGUUGUAUGGGUGAUACACAAUUUCAUUUUCGUACAAAAUGUUGUACAAAAUUAGCUAAAAUACGAACAAAAUAUGAUGAUUAUUUUAAAGAUUAUAAUUCAAAAUGUUUAUCAUUACUACAGGUGGAUAAAUCAUAUUUUUAUGGUUUUGUUUAUUUUCGUCAAGUAAAAGAUCGUAAUGUACGUCGUGGUUAUUUUCAAAAAUCAUUAGUCAUAUUAACAUGGUUUCCAUUCAUAUCAUUUUAUCAACGUAUAAUGAAAAUAUUGGCACCAAAAUAUUUUGAUUUUGGUCUACCAUCAUUGGAAGCUGCAUGUGGUGAUAUAAAUCGUUGGCCAAAACCAGAACCAGAUCAGAUAACUAAUCUACCAUUAUUUGGUCAAAUAACACAGGUAUUAAUACCAGGUGAACGACAUUCAUCGUUAAUGUGUCAAACAACGGCAACAAAAUCUGAAUCAAUUUUGAUUGAUCAAUCACAAUCGAAUGGAAAAUCAUGUUCAUCAUCAUCAGCAUCGACAUCAUCGAAUAAUAAUGGAUCAUUAUUGAAAACAUUUUCAUUAUCAAGAUUAGCGAAAAAAUCUCGACAUCAUCAUCAUCAUCAUUCUCACCAUCAUCAUAAUCAUCAUCAAAAUCGUCAUAAUCAUAAUGAAGAAUCUGCAUCCACAUCCACAUCAAUAGAUCAAUCAUCAUCAUCAACAUCAUCAACGAUAAUAAAUGUUGCAAAUGAUAUAAAUAUUUAUCGAAAUUUAUUACCAAUAAUAACACAUAUACAAUUAUUAUGGGAAUUAGUAUUGACAAAUGAACCUAUUGCUGUUAUAACACAAACACCAAAUGUUUGUUCAGAAAUUGUUAGUGCAUUGAUUGCAUUGAUUGCACCAUUACGUUAUGGUGCUGAUUAUCGUCCAUUUUUUACUAUACAUGAUUCAGAAUUUAAAGAAUAUACAACACAUACAAAAUCACCACCGCCUGUAAUAUUAGGUGUUACAAAUCCAUUUUUUGUUAAAACAUUACAUGAUUGGCCACAUUUAAUUAAGAUUAAUGAAUUUUCAUCAUCAUCAUCAUCAUCAUUAACAUCGGGUAAUGAUUCAGAUAAUUCGAUGCAUAAUCAACAACAACAACAAAAUGGAAAUUUAAAUAUGAAAAAAUUUUCACAAACAAUUGAUCAAGUUUUACGAAUCAAUACGAAAAGUUUAGAUCUAAAAACUGGUGUUUAUACAAAAUAUAAACCAUUUUUACAAAAAGAUCGUGAUAUAUUGAAAAAAUUAUUAAAAGGUAUUGAUACAAAUCGUCCAUCUGAAGUACAAAAUAUAAUGUUAAGAAGAUUUUUAAUUGAAUUAACACAAAGUUUUUCAAUACCAUUGGAACGUUAUUUUGCUAGUUUAAUGCCAUUAGCAAAAAAUUUAUCACCAUUUAAACGACCACCAAUAUUACAUCAUUUUAAAAUAGAAGAAUUUAUAAAUAGUUUAGAUACAACUGGACCACAAUUAACAUCAUUAGUUAAAGGUGAUUGGAAUGGUCUUUAUCGUAGAUUUUUACGUUCACCAAAUUUUGUUUGUUGGUAUAGUAGCCGUUUGAAUGAAGCAACACAAAAAUUACAAACAUUACAUUUAGAAAAAAUUUGUGAUACAAAUUUAUCAAAUCUUUUAAAUGAUAAACAUGAAAUUGAAAUUGUUGAUUUAAUUUUAAAAUUAAAAGAUAAUAUUAAUUUUGUUACAAAUAGUAAUAUUAAUGAUAAUAAUAAUAUUACAACUGAAAUGAUUGAAAAAUUACAACAAAAUAUGGAUAAAAUUAUUGAUAAAUUACCUGAAGAUUCACGAUCAUUAUUUAUUAAACAAUAAUUAUUACUACUUUUAAUUUAAAAACAUAAAAAAAUACAUAAAUUGAAUGUGAAUGUGAUAUAUUCCAGGUACAACAACAACUAAAUCUUUCAUUCAUUCAUUCACCUUUCACACUGAACAUAUGUUAUUAUCAUUAUAAUUUUUAUU